GACAUAAAAUCAGAAAUUUUAGCGCGCGUCCCAACUGUUUGAGCGGUUUUUGUCCUUUCUUACUUUUUCUGUAUUUGUAAAUUAUAAUCUUUCAGACAACUUCCGAAAACCAUGAAGAAAAUUAUUCUCGCUGUCUUUUUACUAUUUGUCAUUGGAAAGGAAGUGAUGUCGCAAGAUUGCAGUCAGAAUGGUGAAUCGUGUGAAGAUGGCAAACCGUGCUGUGAUGGUCUUGGAGUUGGCGUGUGCAAACGACUUGAGUAUGGACCUCCCUUAUGUCUUUGUGUGAACGACGGCUGGUUGGCGUCGUGUUCAUCGCAUGCCGAAUGCUGUAAAGGCUAUUGCAACAGUCGAGGAUAUUGUGGUUGUAUUGAAUCUGGUAGAUGGUGCACCCAUGGGCAAUCGGAAGAAUGUUGUGGAAGACCGAGCAUCACCGACGGCCAUUUGAUUAAAACUUGCACAAAAGCAGUUCCUCUUCACGACGAGUGCUACUAGUUAUAUAGUUUUUCAAUGAC